AUGGGUAACCGGAUAUUUGACAAACUUGCUGAUACUGACUUACUUGCACGUAGCCCGAUUCUGGUUUUUGCGGCGGAUCCGCUUGCAUCUGCCGGGAUUAAGGGGCUCGGACAAGUGCAAUACCCGAAACCGCACUACCGAACACACGCAGAGUUUUUGAAACUCCAGCGCGAUCUCGUUGCAGAUGGCAAAUUAGACGGGCUCCUGAUGACACCCGCUGAUGCAGAAAUCCUUGCACUUGAAGAAAACCUGUUUGAAGACACGCCGAUUACGCCAAUCGUCCGGAUGAACGCAGAGACGGCUAUCUGGAAUCCGAGGUUUGGCGUUUAUACCUCGCGGCUGUCGAUGCCGUUUCAGACGGUGUUUCCAGAGGACAUGCAACGCUAUUGUGAGGCACUCAUCGGUCCCGCACUUGAAUGCCGAGUUAACUUGGGGUUGUAUUCCAUUACGCUCAACAAUGAUCCGAUCGCUGAUGAACGGAUGUUGCAGGCGUAUGUGCAGUUCGCACACGUCGUCGGUGAGAUCGAGGGAUUCGAUCAUCUCUUAGAGGUGUUUUUACCGAAUGUAAAAAUGCCCGGGAUGGAUGAGGAGAAACGGGGCAUGUAUGUUGCCGAUUCUAUCGUCCGAACGAUGAGUUAUCUCCGAAAACACCAACGCCCACGCUUUAUCAAAACCGCAUAUACGACCUCCGAUGUUUGGAUCGAGUUGUGCCAAUUCGACCCGACGUUGGUUAUCGGUGCAUUGGGCGGUCCUCGCCAAAAUGCGCGUAGCACAUUUGCGCUUGCGCAUAAUGUCGUCAGCAACGGUGGACGUGCUAUCCUAUUCGGGCGCACCAUCUUCGGUGAAGAUGAUCCGAUAGGUUUUGUACAGUGCAUACGCCGCGUCCUUGAUGGCGAGGAUGAUCCGCAGAAUGCCCAUGCGGAGUAUCAGAAGUUGUUACGAGGUUCCCGGACCGGUUAA